CAGUUCUCAUGGCCUCUAAAGACUGGAUCUCCUAAAGACUAUCCUCUAAGAAGGCGCUGAUCACGUUCGUCUAGGUGGAGGUGAACAAGCCGAAGAGAAAAUGGUGGUACGAUGCUCCGGCUUUUCUCUUCUUCUACCCUUCUUCCCCGCCUCUUACUCCUCCUGCCGGCGCAACAAGCUUCCGCAGCAUCUAUUCCCCUCGUCAUUCAUGUCGAUUCCGCUCCCCAACAGCCCAAUUCGCUCCUCCCCGCUUCCCCCUAUACCUUCGUCAAGCUCCUUUCCGGAGCCGUCAACUCUUGCUCUAUCUAUACAGGGGAGCAGUAUCAUUCCGCCAUCAUCAAGCUCGGUUUUUUAUCCAACGUGUUCGUCACCACUGUUCUCCUUGAUCUGUACUGUAAAGGCGGCAAUUUUACCAUCGCACAGCAACUUUUCGACGAAAUGCCUCACCAAAAUGUUGUUACCUGGAACACUUUGAUUCACGGGCUUUCGCUUAGUGACCGUCCCAAUGAUGCAAUAGAGGUUUUCUACGAGAUGAUGGUUGAAGGAAUUUCACCAACUUCUUUUACCUUCUCCACUGUUCUCGCCACCUUCUCUCAUUUGAGAGACCUCACUGCUGGGAUCCUAAUGCAUUGUAUUGGUCUUAGGCAUGGAUUUCUCUCCAAUGUGGUUGUCGGAACAGCUCUAGUCAAUAUGUACUGUAAAUGUUCCGAUUUGACUGCUGCGAAGAAAGCGUUUGAUGAAAUGCCUCAGCCAAAUGUGGUUACUUGGACAUCUCUGGUUACUGGCUAUGCUCACCAUCAGAGACCAAUUGAUGCCAUGCUGCUGGUUGUAGAAAUGAGGCAACUUGGCUUUUUGAUGAACAAAAUGACUUACAAUAGUUUACUAAGCUCAUUUUGGCGGUUCAGUGAUUUGGAUCAUGGAAGGCAAGUGCACUCUAUCGUGAUUAAAGAAGGCCUAGAUUGUGAUCCAUACAUCACUGUUUCACUAGUGACCAUGUACUCGAAAUGUGGAAGCUCGGUGGAUUUCAUGAAUGUAUGUUUGAGUGUUUCAGAUUGGGAUCAGGUCUCAUUCAACUCCAUAAUCACGGGAUUUUCUCACCUGGCAGAUGGCUGGGAGGUUCUUGCAAGGUUUGUAGAGAUGAGAAAGGCAGGCUUGGAUACCGAUAUCUUCACUUUUAUGAGCAUUCUGAGAGCUGUUUCCAUUGUCUCUGCUUUUAGAGAAGGCAGGCAAGCUCAUGCUCUUAUACUGAAGUGCAGCCAUGAUUCCAACCUAAGCAUUCAGAAUGGAUUGGUCACAAUGUAUGCUAAGUGUGGAGAUAUCAAUGAUUCAAAGGAAAUAUUUUUCUCAAUGGAUAGUCCUGAUUUGAUUUCAUGGAAUUCGCUUCUAUCAGGGUGCGCCGAGCACGGUUAUGGUGAAGAGGCCAUAGAAAUGUUUGAGGAAAUGAGAAGGAUUGGAGUUAAACCAGAUGGGACAACUUACUUAUCAGUUCUUUCAGCCUGCAGUCAUGUUGGGUUAGUGAAGAAAGGAAUGGAGUUCUUCCAUCUGAUGCUGGAAGCAGACUCCAUGAUUGUUGCAGGCAUGGAGCAUUAUGCAUGUGUGGUGGAUCUUCUUGGUAGAGCUGGAUUUCUUAAUGAAGCUUACGUUUUUGUUACCAGAAUGCAGAUAAAUCCUGGCGUUUCAGUGUACCGAGCGUUGCUUAGCGCAUGCCAAGUUCAUGGGAAUGUUGAGAUGGCUAAAUAUGCAGCUAAAUGUUUAUUGGAGCUAUGUCCCAAUGAUUCUGGUGCUCAUGUUCUGUUGUCAAAUGUGUUUGCGGCUGAUGAAAGUUGGCAUAAUGCGGCCGGAAUUCGUGAGGUAAUGGAGGGGAAGAGUGUGAGAAAAAGACCAGCAUGGAGUUGGAUAGAAGAGGGUAAUGUGGCAGUUCAACCAAGUGUGAAGCUUGUAGCUGACGUUUUGUAAUGAGAUACUGAGCUGUUGAUUUGUGAUUUGGUUUGUAAGUGUUGUUCGUGAUUUAUGUUGUUUUUUUUAUGGGUAUUUACAUGCA